AUGGCAAACAAUGGAGCACUGGAUGCUGAACUCAAUCAACAGUCCUCGCCGGUAUCACCUCUCAAACCAUCUGAUGGGCCCCCUGAAUCUCCCACUACCGCUCGUCCUCUGGAUUUUGACAGCGACCAAGAGGCCGGCACUAUAAACACGACGAAUGCCUCGCAGACAGAAGCAUCGCUGCCAAAACCGCCCCCAAAAGACGAGGAAGUCCCACCCCCAAAACCCCCCAGGCCGGUGAACCCACGCGAACAAGCGGAGAGUACGCUGAGAGAGGCUUUCCCGAGUAUAGAUGGCAGCGUCAUCCGCGCAGUCCUGACAGCGAGUGGCGGGAAUGUCGAGCCAGCAUUCAAUGCCUUGUUGGGCAUGACGGAUCCAGACUCACAGCGAGAGCCUGAACCACCGGCCAAACCUCCACGACCAACCGCACAACAGCCUCGUUCGACGGCCAAAUUGAGUCAGCUGGAAGCCGACGAGCUGUAUGCAAGACACCUAGCUGAGCAAUAUAGCGGCACCGGCCGCCCAAAUCAAUCUAGUCGAGGGCCUGGCGGCAGAUUUAACGAAGAUCUUCAGGGGUCAAGGUCAGGCCGACCAGGCGCACGACCUAACCCGGACGAUGUCCCGUGGAGGAGCUUUAUCGAUGAUGACCUCCCGGAAAUCCGGGACAACAUACGCAAAGGCUUUGUGGAGACGCAGACCACCGUGAACAAAUGGAUCACGGCGUUCAAGAAGAAGCUCGACGGGGAGGAGGAUGAUGAUGCGGAUCUCGAUUCACAGUCAGCACAAGGCUAUGGAGCAGGAGCCGGCCCAGGGUACUAUCCUCCGCCGCAGUCGCAGUCCCAACCGAUGCCAGGUCGUCGUAGCACGGACAUGCGUCGAAGUGCAGACAUGCAACGAUACGACGCGGACAUGCAACCGAUCGGAGACGACUUUUCGAAACUGGAACUACGCGACCAUGACGCACCACCGCGGACGUCGAGCCGGCCAUUAGCGAACCCCAACCUCUUCCGCGCCGUCGGUACCGGACCGGAACGACGAGCGUCACCUAGCACGAGUCGCAAAGUUUCUUUCCAGGACGGACCACCGGAGGAGAUCAGAGAUAUGUACUCGGCCUCGCCCAAGCCUUCACCCGCUGCAGCGGCAGCCACACCCGGUUCGGGCAAGUCGAGCAAGUGGCAGCCGCUGGCGUCAAUCGACCCGAGCCCCGCGGCAGAGAACGACCCGUUCAGCCUCGGCGACAGCGAUGAAGAGAAGGAUGCGAAAGUCAUCACGAUGAAAGACGAGGAGUCACCCAAGACUGGCGCCGGCGACGAGGAUUUGAAGGCGAAAGUUGAGGACGUCAAGACGGAUGAGGACGAGCAGGUCAAGAAGGCGACGGACGAAGCGAUGAAGGAAAGUAUAAGCACUCCGACCAAGUGA